AUGGAUGUUUCCGAACUGUGCAUCCCUGACCCGCUCUGCUACCAUAACCAGCUCCUAAGCAGAAUGCCCUCAGAUGAGCGUCACCUGUCGUCCAGCUGCGGUUCUUACGUAAAAACGGAACCCUCCAGCCCGUCGUCGUCACUGGUGGACACGGGCAGCCAUCACAGCCCCAGCGGCAACUCGGACGCCAGCGGCGGCUACGUCAAUGUGGGCGGCGGGGCGCGCUCCCACGCGCUGGACUCGCCCGUCUUCAUGCACGGCAUGGGCGGAGGGGGCGGGGCCUGUCUGCGCCGUUACGACGACUGCUCGGGAGGCCUGGCCGACGAGUCACCCAUCAAGUGCGAGUACAUGCUCAACGCCGUGCCCAAGAGGUUGUGCCUGGUGUGCGGAGACGUGGCGUCAGGGUACCACUACGGCGUGGCUUCCUGCGAGGCCUGCAAAGCGUUCUUCAAGAGGACCAUACAAGGCAAUAUUGAGUACAGCUGCCCGGCCACUAACGAGUGCGAGAUCACCAAACGGAGGCGCAAAUCGUGCCAAGCGUGUCGUUUCAUGAAGUGUCUCAAAGUUGGCAUGUUGAAAGAAGGCGUCCGUUUGGACAGAGUGAGAGGAGGCCGCCAAAAGUACAAACGGAGGAUGGACGCGGAAAAUGGCGGCUACCUCGGUCUCACCAUUCCACCACCAGCCAAAAAACCUUUGACCAAAAUUGUGUCGCAUUUAUUGCUGGUGGAACCGGAAAAAAUCUACGCCAUGCCUGACCCUAGCAUUCCCGACGGCGAUAUCAAGGCCUUGACCACAUUGUGCGACCUGGCUGACCGCGAGCUGGUGGUCAUCAUCGGCUGGGCCAAACAUAUCCCAGGCUUCUCCGGCCUGUCGCUGGCCGACCAGAUGAGCCUCCUGCAGAGCGCCUGGAUGGAGAUCCUGGUGCUGAGCAUCGUCUUCCGCUCGCUGCCCUGCGAGGAGGAGAUCGUCUACGCCGAGGACUACGCGGUGGACGAGGAGCAGGCCAGGAGAUCGGGCCUGCUGGACCUGCACGUGGCCAUCCUGCCUCUGGUGCGACGCUUCAAGAAGCUGCGCGUGGACAAGGAAGAGUUCGUCACGCUCAAGGCCAUCGCGCUGGCAAACUCGGACUCCAUGCACAUAGAGAACAUCGAAGCCGUCCAGAGGCUCCAGGAUUCCCUCCACGAGGCCCUGCAGGACUUUGAGGCCGCGCAGCACCCGGAGGACCCUCGGCGGGCGGGCAAGCUCCUCAUGACGCUGCCCCUCCUGCGGCAGACGGCCACCAAAGCGGUGCAGCACUUCUACAGCAUCAAAAUGCAGGGCAAGGUGCCCAUGCACAAACUCUUCCUGGAGAUGCUGGAGGCCAAGGCUUGA